AUGUGCUUCACCAGGCCGCCUCAUAUUUCACUCGCAACAAUAUUCGAGAUAUCGCGUUACAUGUAUAUUCACAGUGCACUACUCAUAAGGUUGCUUAGAAUUCGUCGACAGCGCACGACCGGUUUCGUCCUUCUUGGGGCUCAUCAGACACAUCUACUCACCUUCCUGGCUGCUACCACAUUGAUUGAGCGACCUGAGUUCCUCGAGUAA